CGAACAACAGUGCAGCCGCGACGACACGGAUUCUGUACUACCUCGAGUUUUUGAAACUGAUCGGGAAGCUCUCCCUGGGCAGAGACUCCCUGCACGAAACUCUGGUCCACGCGUUGCUUCCUGCGAACGUGAUUUUGUUGGACUUCGUGUGCUUGUCCCAGUUUCUGUUUUCCACAGUCGAAGAGGAUCCUGCGUCGCCGGUGAUUCCGAUUUGCUUGGAGCUGAAACAGACUCAGCUGUAUUGCCUCCAGCAAGCGUACUACGACUGCGAAGUCCGGGACGAUGAGACGUUGUUGAACGCGAAAAGUAGCUCAUCAACAACAUCUUCGGCGACCGGGAUGAAUAAAGACGCUUCCUCCACGACACAAGACCCUCAAGGUAGAAGUACUGCUUCCGAGAAGGAGAACACGAAUUUGAUUUUCGCGGUAGUCGACUACGUUAUUCGGGAUUUGGAGGAGUUUUUGGUGUACUUAGACACCACAGUCUCCGACUUCAUUGAUAGCAAAACCAUCAAUCUAGCGAACAACGAGCGGAUGCCGUGCACGGCGAUCCCCGAGCAGGUUCGGAUCACCAUGACGAAAUUGGAGCAGAGGCUGCAGCCGGCCGCGAAGCUGGAGUUGU